GGCCACGCCCCCUGCAUGCGCACUAUUAUGUAAACAAGUAUUGGUAGUAGUAUGUACUGAAACAAGAUGGCUUCGUCAAAGUUUCUCGUUGAAACUACAAAACUCCUUCAGACUUACUCAGGGAGGGACAAGGUGAUAAGGACCGUAACGUACUUAUUAUUGAUGUUAUCUGGAAUAUCUAAAAGUAAUGAGAAUUCGAAGAAACUUCUUACGGUCAGCCUGCAGUUGAGUCUUUGCCGGACAAUUCUUCGCCUUUUCGACGACCUACCAAUGCUUUCGUACACCCUCUCCUACGGCUUGGGGCGUGGGGAGCGCAGCACAUUGAUGCAGGUAGUUGGUGUGGUGAAGAACAUGGUGGAUCAGACUUUCUUCGUCCUCGAGCACAUAGCAUGGGCAGCAGAUAAUCAACUGAUCCGUAUUCAAUCUGAGAGAUGGUGGCACCUCUCUGUGACUGCAUGGUUGGUGUCAAUGUCACUUGGAGUUAUCAAAAGUAGUGGUGGUGUCAUGGAUCUACAAAGACAAAGAAAGAUAGCCUUCCUUCAAGCUAAAAGCUCUCAAGACGGGAACGUCCUCAGAGCGUCUGACCUGACCAAGGAACAGACUAGGAUAGUCCUAGGUAUGCUAGCCGAUGGCUGUGACAUGUGCAAUGCUAUACACUGGAUGCCUGCAGGGUUCUUAUGGUCCAACAAACUCCCUAACCGUUGGGUGGGGCUCUUUGGGACCAUCUCAUCGCUCAUCAAGUUAAGCUUGUUCAUAGAGAGCAGGAGGUAGUAGUGAAUGGUGCUGAUAGCUAGGUGCCCAUGUUUAUGUCGAAGGUGAAGUUGAGUUCUGGUAACAAGAAUGCAUCCGAACAAAAUUUGAUGAAUUUAUUCUCAUUUUUUUUCAAUGUCAAUGAGAACAGCAAAGGUGCAGAAUAUUUUUAUUUUUUUUAAAUUCUCUUAAAAUUUACAGCCACAAAUUUUCAUUUUUAUACCAGUACUUAUUAUCAUGUGAAACCUCUGGAUUGUCCUGAAACAAGGCUCUGGUUUGACUUUGAAUUUUUUAUCUGCGUUGCUGAUCAGGCAAUCUUGGUGGUUGUUUAGAUUGCAAAUUUUAACUUUUGGUGGCUACCAUUUACAGUGAGUAAAAUUCACAUGAAUGCUCAUUUACCAAAAUGUUCCUCUUGCCAGUACUCUCCUUCUCUUUGAUUGAUAUAUACCUGGACACCGUCUUAUAAAGAGUUGCAAUUGAUCCGAAUCAAUCGCAAGUGUGCAGUUUCAUAUCUCUUAUGUACAAAGUUGCGAUUGAUAUCAUUUAAAAUAAGUUGUUAUUAAUUGCAACUGUUUAUAAGACAGGACCCUGGUGUAUGGUGGUAUUAUGUGUUGAUAUGCAAUAUGAUUUGAAUGCAAUGGCCGACAACUUGAUACUCGCAUUGACACUUUGAUCUUUCAUUGAUUAAAUAUUUUAUGAUGGCAUAUUGAAAUAACUUGGUUAUCAUAGAGUGCCUUGAAAUGAAGUAAACUUCAGACUCCAUAUUGGGGCUUCCAUAAUUUAUUUGUUUUUUAUUGAGGUCAGAUAAUCAGUUGCAAUUCUAACAGCCAUUGUACAUGUAGGUUAGUUGCUAACAAUCUGUGUCGCCAUUAAAUCAGAAUUAUUACAGAAUUGUGAAUUUUUCUCAGGUAGUAUUGACUUUUAUACAUAAAGCAUUAAAUAUUGCUAGCAGUAAAGAUUUUCUAGGGUUUGAAACUUAGAAUCAACCCCGAUUUUAUUUGAGGCCAGUGCAUUACUUGCUGGCUGACUGAUCAUUGGAUGUUCUGUACAUGUUUUGACUGCUCCUAAGUCUUAACUACUGCAAUUAGAAUUAGAGUUUCCUUGUGUACCAGUAUGCAUUCAGUGAUUCUUAAAAUGUGCCACUGCUUGAAGACUUAGCCUCCUGAAACCUAUUGUAAUGUAGCCAUACAAUCUACAUGUAUGUUAUCAACAUUUCAUAAAUGUAGUAAAAGUGUAAAAAUGGUAUAUGAAUUAUGGUUUGAAGCCAUAGAGGGCAGAAAUAGCCAAGAAUGUUAGUAAUAUAUUGCCUUUUAAUAAUUGGACAUCUUGUUUUUUGUUCCUCUACAUGGAGCUCCCAUUUGACAUCCUAUCCAAGAGACGGAGUGUUUCCUACUUAACAAACUCUGCGUCUAUUAAUAUAUUUGAUACACUUGUUAGGGAGAAUUUGCCUGUGGUUCCUUUUUUUUCUUUCUGAAAUCCCCCAGGCAAAAUCAACUCUGAUAUAUGCACUGGGGUCUCACUGCCAAAUGAUUGUGCUUUAUAUAUUUGAUGAUGACGAAGAUAUCUUGUGCAUGUAUGUCCAGUACUUUGUACUUUAUGUGCAGAGCACAUAAUCAAUGUUUUUGUUUUAAUUUUCUACAUUAUGAUAUUGUGUGUGAUACAUAUUUAUUAUGUAUUAAUAACUAGAGUUUUGAUUGUCUACAGUAUGCACACUUCAGUAGGACUUUGUGAGUGUAUGAAUUGUUGGAGUUCUAAACUCCACUACAAUUGAAUGUCAGAGUAUGAGAUUGAUCGUGACUUCAUUCAUCCUUGUUCAGAUUGAGUUUUGAACCCAGGUUCUCCAAUUUUCAAAACCACUGAAUCAAGAAGCAUUCACAGUAAAUGCUGUGUGUGUGAAGUUGACUUUUUUUUAGAGGUAAGGUAAUAAAUGUUCUUAUAAGUUAUAAUGGAAUUGCUUUUCAAGAAAAAAAAAAGCUUCAAAUUAUUUUGAACUGUUUGUCAUGCGGUAGGUGAAUUUUUUUGAUCAGCAAAAUUAUAAAAUUAAUAAAACUUGCUGAAACCAUAUUUGCUAGAAAGCAUGACUAUAAUUAGAACAUGUGUUGCACAUAUGGGUCAGGAUAAA